AUGACCUCCUCUUACCGGCCGGCCGCCACGAUGAGCCCGGAGGCGACGGCGCCAGUACCCAAGGUGGAGGCCGAGGCGGCGGCGACGGCGGCCCGAAACCCUAGCUCCCCCAGCGGCCCGCCGUCGCCGGAGAUGGAGGCCACGGCGGAGGCGCUCACGCGGGAGGAGGUGCUACGCCGGAGGCGCCGACGCACGGCGCGGCUCGUUGGUGUGUACCGCCGGCUGUACUGGGCGAUGGCAGAGGAGGUGCGCGCGCGGCACCGCCAGUACGUCUGGGAGCUCGGCCGCAGUCCGCUCGAGGCCGAGCAGCCCCCGUCGGCCGCGUGCUCGGAGGCGAAGCCUGGGCCGGCGGCGGUGCCGAGGAGGAAGAAGUGUGGGUUCACGGGCUGCAAGGUGCGGGCGAUGCCGAUGGCCAAGUACUGCCACUCCCACAUCCUCUCCGAUCCCAAUCAGGCCCUGUACAAGGGAUGCGGUCAAAUCAUCAAGAGUGGUGCACAGAUUGGGCAAAUUACUUGCAGCAGGCCCAUCCUAAAAGCUUCAGUUCCCUCCCUCUGCAAUGUUCAUUUGCAAAGAUCUCAGAAGAACAUAUCACAGGCUUAUAAGAAAGUUGGCUUUAAUCCACCCCCUAUUGGCCAGAUCUCCCCAGAUUUUAGUGUCUUAGUUGCCGAAUGUGUCCGUCAGAUCCAGGCCAGGAGGAGAGAAUCCCGAAGUGUUGUAGCAGGGAAGAAAUGCCCCAAAGAUGGGAAAGUUGGCUGA